AUGAAUUUUUGCCUUCUCCUCCUCAUUCCGAUCUUCUGUCAUGCCAUCGAUGAACUGUCCGAUGAUGAAGCUCGCGCAGUUACCGUAAGUCUCAUCGGAGAAACAUUUUUGGCGCCAAUCCAAGACAUUCCCAAGUUUUACCAAGUACCAUACUUUGUGGGACAAUGCAAUGGUACAACUUUGAAAUUGAAUUCCGCAGAAGCUCUGAAAACUUUUAUUGAAAAGGAGCGAAGACAUCAUGUUAGCCACACACCGGAAGAAUUGGAAAAACGAAAAGCUGAGACGAAACGUGAUGGAGAGAUUCGCGAGAAAAUCGAGAAUUUGAAACGGGACACUCAUGUGGAAUUCGAUGCCAAAAGUUUGGAAAGACUUCGAGAAACUAUUGGUGAAGUUCAAGUUGAUGAAUUGCACUUUUUUGCGACGUUUCAACCCGAAGGGGAGAAGUUCAAGAUUGAUUUUGGUAUUAAGUAUAAGAACGGGAGAUUUGUAGUGACUUCUGAAAGAUGGGAGGAUUGUUAA